GCGUUGACUCCUUGAAUUUCUCCAAAGCGGUGAUAACCGUCGCUGUUUCUAUGCAAAGGUUACAGCACCAAAAAACACACGGAGAAAGCCCAUGGAAUGAUACGUGCCACAUGUGCCAUACAAUUGAUGCGAGCAACUAUAACAAAGCUUUGUCUUGCCACAUUUCCUACAAAUAAUUUUCCCCUUUGGACUUGUUGUCUCCUUUGUUUAGAAGAAAGUCAUCCACGUUGAUUCCCGUAUUGAGCAUCCUACAAUGCACGCUAAAGAUUGGUUCCUCGUGUUUAUAUCCUUCUUCCUCCCACCUGUUGCUGUUUUCAUCAAGAGAGGAAUCUCUGUUGAUUUUUGGAUAAACAUCCUUUUGUUCUUGCUCGGGUUCUUCCCAGGUUUGGUUCAUGCCCUAUACAUCAUCUCACAAUACCCAGAGGACGAGAGAUCCACCUAUCAGGGAGCAACUUAUCCAGGCGCACAGGGUGCUCCAAAUUAUGGAGCCGUUUGAUAUAUGCGCUCUGCGAACAUGAACGCCUACCAUGAGUAUGAAGUGGUUGUUUGUAUACGUUAUUCUGACGGAAUACGUAUAAUGAUGUGUGAUAUUUACCUU